AUGGCCAGGAAGCAUGAUUCUGAUCACAAUAGGUAUGCUCGUGUUCUGGAGGAACGGAUAAUCGAGCUUGAGUCUCAACAGCGCGGUACCGCUCAUCAUGCUCUUGGUCUGGGCACCACCUCAGGCCUAAGUAAGGCAGACAUGCAACCGACAGAGUCACCUGAACCGCCACGAACACGAAUGACUCGAGCCCUGACCGCAGAAGAUGCAACUUCUCCGGCAUUUCGCCUCUCAUCCCAUAUUCCGGGAGAUGCUGAAAGCACGCAAGCUGGAAGUACCCCUUCCGUUACUAUCCUCCCCCCCGUUGUCCAAGGCUCUCCUUAUCCAGGGUUCCUUCCCGGGACCAACUAUGAGAUGGAAAUCCCUUCACAGACCCAGGAUGAGUUGAUCCAGACAUUUCUUCAGCGGGUGAACCCGCGUUAUCCCUUCCUCCACGAAGGAACCUUCAUUGCCUGGUAUGAAUCGUGGAAAGAAUCUAGGAACUUAGGUGUGCCCCUGCCGCCGCAAGAGCAAUGGAAGGCAUUCUUCAUCAAGAUGGCACUUGCGGUCAGCCUUCUGAUUGCACCUCAAGUAUCACCCCGGGAUAUGAAAGUUUCUCAGGCUCUGUAUUCAUCCGCUACAUCAUCUCUGGAUGCUGUGUUCGCUUGCCUUGACCCGGUAUUGCAUGCACAGGCCUACCUACUGUGCACACUGCAUGCACUACACUCGCCUUCUUCGCAAACGGUCUUGACCAUGAUCGCUGCAGCGGUGCGUUGCUGCGUGGUGGCACAGUUGCAUUUGUCAGAAGUAGAACACCGGCCACAAGAACUGCUCUGGGAAAGGCAGAUUCGCCGCCGUGUGUUCUGGUCUGCUUACGCAAUUGAUCGCUUGGUCAGUUGGGUUUAUCAUGUCCCGUGCACUCUCGUAGAUGAAGACAUUCAGGUUGAGCCUUUUGCAAACAUGAACGACCACGAGAUCAAAGAAUGGCAAGUCCGGGCUGAUCGGCUGGAGCCGGAUGCAUCCACCCCGCGCAGGACACAAGUCUCGUCUGCUCUUCAUCUAAUCCGCGGUCGGAGAAUCCAGUCUCGCAUCCUGAGCAUUAUGAUGCGAGCAGACUAUGACCAGCGACUUGCUGAAUCUCAUCAGUGGCGUCUUCAUAUGCUCGAGGUGCUCGAUGAGUGGAAAGCGCAGCUGGAGCCCCAUAGCGACCCGCUCUCUAAGGGCUAUACCAGCGAAGGAUGGGUGGGCAUGCUGUACAACUAUACAGUACUCCUCCUUUAUCGACCGACAAAAGCGAAUAUGAGUGACUUGGUCAUGGAGCAUUGUAUUGGAGCCUGUACCGACAUCGAAUUGACGUUCUGGAAGUACCUCAAGAGCCGCCAAACGGCUCAACUAUGGCCGGGGCUCCUUAGCCAGUUUGGGAUAGGCAUCACACUGUUAUACUGUCUGUGGGUGGUGCCUCCAUCACAACAAUCCAUCGAGACUCAGUCACCAAAGAUUGGCCCAGCCAUUCGAACAUGCUCAGUGAUUCUGGCAGUACUGUCCGAACGGUGGACUGAAGCUGAACCUUUGAGGGACAUUUUCGAUCUCCUGGCGGACUCCAUUCCGGUCUAUUGGUCUCAUGAUGGAGAAGCAAGGCGUAUUUCGACGUCCUCGGCAAAGACCAUCCAGGAAUAUUUGCCCCGAGUGACGGCCAUCGUCAUCAACAAAGACAUCAUGCGCAUGCUUCAUGAGAUGGCCACUGAGGAGUAUCCGUGGGCUGCAGCUGGGACAGUUAAUAUGGGUGACUGGUCGUCUAAUGAUGUGCACAGCGCCCAAGAUUGCCCUCUAUGCUUGGGAACCCGAGCACACCGAGCGGACUUGCCUUCGGUCAGCUUUGACGCAACGAACCUGUGGCCAGGCUUUGAUAAUGAUACGGAUCACUCCUUGGCAGCUUUGUCUGGGGAAUACUCGCUAUUCCCGGGACUGCUGGGCUCGAUCGAGUUUUGA